UUUUUUUUGCAAGAUGGCGUCGAUGAGGGAGAGCGAUACCGGCCUGUGGCUCCACAACAAGCUGGGCUCGACAGACGAGCUGUGGGCUCCUUCCAGCAUCGCCUCUCUUCUCACGGUCAACGUCAUUGACAACAUCCGCUUGUGUUUCUCGAGCUUGUCGCCCCCGGUGAAGCUGAAACUGCUGCUGGGGGUGCUGCAUCUCCCGAGGCGGACAGUGGACGAGAUGAAGGAGGCAUUGUCUGAAAUCAUCCAGCUUGCCACCUUGGACACGGAGCCCUGGGUGCUGAUGGUGGCUGAUAUUCUGAAGUCCUUCCCAGAGACAGGCUCUCUCAAUCUGGAUCUGGAGGAGCAGAACCCCAAUGUGCAAGACAUCCUGGGAGAGCUCAGAGAGAAAGUCAGUGAAUGUGAAGCUUCUGCCAUGUUGCCGCUUGAGUGCCAGUACCUUAAUAAAAAUGCCCUCACAACUCUUGUCGGACCACUGACCCCUCCAGUGAAGCACUUUCAACUGAAAAGGAAACCCAAAAGUGCCACCCUCAGAGCAGAGCUGUUACAGAAAUCAACAGAAACUGCUCAACAGCUUAAGAAGACUGCUGGAGUGCCUUUUCAUGCCAAAGGGAGGGGCUUGGUCAAGAAAAUUGAUACAACAACACCCCUCAAAGGUAUACCAAAAGCUCCAUUCAGGAGCCCCACAACCCCCAGUGUGUUCAGCCCCACAACAAACAGAACGCCCAUUCAGCCCCCAAGAACUCCUCUGCGCAAGGAGCGCGGAGUUAAGUUACUAGAUAUCUCAGAACUGGAUAUGGUAGGUGCUGGUCGGGAAGCAAAGAGAAGAAGAAAAACACUGGACUCUGAAGUUGGAGACAAACCUGCAAAAGAAGAAAUGGUUGUUGAGAAUGUGACGCCCGAUUAUGCUGCUGGUCUCGUCUCUACACAGAAACUCUGUGCUUUAAACAACGAGAGUGCAUUACCCUCUACAAGUUAUUUACCCGCAACUCCUAGUAUGGUACCAUCAUCUUCAUACAUUCCCAGCUCGGAAACUCAGCAGGCUAACACAGCAGGUUCCGUCCGGGAGGCGCUACAGACCGGCCGGCAACCAGAGGAGCCCACGACCCCCAACAGCACACUGCCCAGCCAGUUCAAGCAGAGGACGCCCAUGUACAACAGCAGCACCAGCCCCUCAACACCCAGUUCUCCGCCUGCCCCCAGCAGCACCCCGACCCCCAGUACUCCUCCAGCCGUUGCACCACAACCCGCUGUGCAGCAACCGCACCCCACGCCGCAGCAGCAGCAGCAACCCAAGAAGAGCCUGUCCCUCACUAGAGAACAGAUGUACGCUGCACAAGAAAUGUUCAAGACGGCUAACAAGGUUACAAGACCGGAGAAAGCCCUGAUCCUGGGGUUUAUGGCAGGAUCUCGAGAAAACCCUUGCCCGGAGCAGGGCGACGUCAUUCAGAUUAAGCUCAGCGAACACACUGAAGUUUUACCAAAGGCAGACGGCACUGGCAGCACCACCAUGCUUGUCGACACAGUUUUUGAGAUGAACUAUUCCACAGGCCAGUGGACCAGACUUAAGAAAUACAAACCCAUAACCAACGUAUCAUGAGUGACCUGAAGGACUUCUGGAGGGGGGGGGGGGCAUUGUGAGCCAAAUCAAGUUUGUAGAGUGUGGGUCAGAUGCAAUAACAGUUAUAUUUAUGUGACAUAUUUCUAAAAGCAGUUCUGAUGGUUCUGGGCUACAGUGUUUUUGUUCUUUUUUUAUGAUAUCGGUGUCUGAUGUACCUUGAGCAAUCUCUGUAGAUACGAUCUGUUUAAAGAGGGCUCUCUUUUUUAUGUGAACUGGAAAACCAUGCACAUCUAAAACAAAUAUUUGUAACAAAAGCCUGAAAUGGUACAGGUAUCUGAGGACUAGUCCAGAACACCCCAACCUACAUCAUGUGGGCUGGCAUCAUUUGCUCUUAAGUGAUAUGAACACAUUAUUGUUACUUUUAAGAACUGGUUUUCUUACUGGUAACUAUACACACUCUUUAAAUAUCUGGUAAAGGGUAGGGUUUUUUUGUGGCAGGGUUGGCGGUAUCUCAACUGUUGUUUUUUUGCCCAUCAAAAUGCAGAUAUCUUUGUUAAACUGCUGCUUUGAAAAAAGAAAAAUACGGAAACUGUACAACGGCAGAAUUGUGAAUAGUGGAAUGACAUCAUGUUAUCUGCUAGUGUAGAAUUCUUUGAUCUGGAUAAACGCGUUGUUUAUUCAAUGAAAAGUUUGUCAUUGUCUGAACUAUAACAAUACCUGGUUUUAGUUGAGGAGCAAGCGAUAGGAGGGUUCAAAUGAUCAGUUGUGCAUUCUGUUUAAGAUAAAUAAAUGUAAAAAAACACAAAUUCUUAGAUUUAAAAAUUAAAAAAAAAAAAAAAAAAAAAACUGGCUUUUUCUACUUUUUUUCUGGACCAGUACAACACUACUUUAUAGUGAAAGAUGCUUUACCAUGGUGAAUUAACCCAUGUUUUAGACGGUUCAAUAAGGUCUAUAUUGGUAUUGAAUUAUCGUAGAUUAUCCCUUAUGUAUUUCUAUUUUUUAACAGCGAUAUAACUAAAAUGUAAACAAUUUAGAACAUGGUGAAAGGAAAACUGACUCCCCCCUACAACUAACAGAACAAUCCCAAACAGAUUCUCCAGUCGGUUGCAUUAAAACAAUGUGUAGCUGCUUUCCAUCUGUAGAACAUGUUUAUUUGCUUGUGUCAAUAUCUGGUAAAGCUUGGAUUUGGUUGACAUCUUAGUAGCUCAAUUUGGCAUCUUGGUUAUCUGGUGCCUUCAUUGAGAGAUGUAAUUCAUUUUGUAAAGUACAUUGCAUUAUCUUUUCUAUUGUUUUUUUUUUUGUAGAGAAAAUUAAAAUCGACCUUCUGGUACGCACUCGGUGUAAGAUGUAUAAUACAUUUUUCUAAAGAGAAGCUCUAUUGGGGGAAAAAAAGUUCAGUUUUUUGAAUGCACAGCCAUAGUACAUUUAGUUUCUGUAUUCAAGCAGCUGGUUGAACUGGCAAUGGCUUAUAGACACCAAGGGAGUGCUGUACUGGUCUUGCAGGG